CUCCUUCAUUCACCGCAUGGCUUCAGGACGUCAGGACGCUUUGGUGGACAGUGGGUAGGGAUUAAGGCUUCCAAACGCCUUAAACCCCCGCCCAUGCUCCUCCGCGAAAAACAAAACAGGCUUGCGAGAUCCUGCAGCGUCCGAAGACACCACUGCGCGGAACCCUCGCUCUGGAUUUGGGGGAGAGCGCACCGGACGGAGGAGGAUGGUUCGGCGUGGGCUGAGCUGGAAGGGGUUCUCUGCUCAUCCGGCCGCCGCCUUCGCGUCGCUGCCUCCCGGGCUGUGUAGCAUUUUGGGGGUGGCAGCCGCAAGGCCGAGCAGGGGAUGCGCUUACAUAACCGCUCGCCGUGUCCUGCUGCCUCGCGCUCUCGGGAGCCGCGGGCGGGGCGCGCCGCCGGACCGCAAUGCUGCCGGGACCAGCGCGGCGGGGCCCGGGCCGGCCCCGCAGGCGGAGGAGCGCGAGCAUCGGCGGGAGGAGGGCGCCGGCGGCGGGGGAGGUGAAGCCCCUCCAGGCCGGCCUACCACUCCUCCUGCUAUGAUGCCUGGGCAGAUCCCAGACCCUUCAGUGACCGCAGGCUCUCUGCCAGGGCUCGGCCCCCUCACCGGACUUCCCAGCUCUGCUCUGACCACAGAGGAGCUGAAAUACGCUGACAUCCGCAACAUUGGGGCGAUGAUUGCGCCCUUGCACUUCCUGGAGGUGAAACUGGGCAAGAGGCCCCAACCCGUGAAGAGUGAGCUAGAUGAGGAAGAAGAGCGGAGGAAAAGGCGCCGGGAAAAGAACAAAGUUGCUGCAGCCAGAUGCCGGAACAAGAAGAAGGAACGCACGGAGUUCCUGCAGAGGGAGUCAGAGCGGUUGGAGCUCAUGAACGCAGAGCUGAAGACGCAGAUAGAGGAGCUGAAGCUGGAGCGGCAACAGCUUAUCCUGAUGCUCAACCGCCACCGCCCCACCUGCAUCGUGCGCACAGAUAGCGUCAGGACGCCCGAGUCCGAAGGCAACCCACUGCUGGAGCAGCUGGACAAGAAGUGACUGAAGGCCUGGAGGAGGCAUCAGAGGAAGAGGAGGAAGGGGAGGAGCAGCAAAGAGGAAGAGGAGGAGCAAGGUGACGGAGGGCCCCUCCCAGGCACGUGACAAACUCUAUGAUGAGGCUUAGCAUAACUAGCCUCCAGCUGGCUCUUUUUUGAAACUCAGCCCUGCCGCGCAAGAGCAAGAGCGGACUGAAGAAACCAGAGGGACCAGGUGCUGAGACCAAGGUUGACCCGCAGAUAGGUGCUGUCCUCCAGGGCCCAGCUUGAAGAACACCUGAGCCAGAGAGGUGCCAAACCAGGUAGCAGCCUCAGGCACUCCUUUGGCCUCUCUGCCAAGACCCCCACCCAGGGGACUACUGAGCAGCCAAGAAAAGCCAUGCAUUGCAAACACAGUGUGGCCCGCGGAUGGAACUCAGCAUAGACUGCAAUCCACCUCCCCAGCCCUGCCCAAGCCCAGUGGAAGGGGGUGCACUGUGGGGCUGCAAUGACCCAGCUGGAGUUGGCUGCGGCACAGAGGCGCGGGCGCCCUUCCAAAGCACAUACUCAAUCAAUGAAUGUUUACAGACUGGCUGUCCUGGCGGGGCUUCCAACUGCACACGGUUUUUAUACUUUCUUUCUUUUUCUUUUUUUUUUUUUUAAUAUUUUUUACAAAAAAAAAGAUUUUAUACAAGCAAUAUAUAUAUAUAUAUAUAUAUAUGGAUUUCUAUAAUCACCGAUGUGACACAGUACAAAUAUGCUAUGGUCUGUUAUGGACAUCCACCCACCAGUUAAGGCCAUUGUAAUUCCUAAGUACUGUAGGCUCUGGGUGUUGGGGGGGUGGCCAGGCGGGUGAGGUACAUUUCCAUCCUUGUAACCCCUUCCUAGUACCCAGUCCUGUAUCGUUCAGUAAACAUUGCUCUUAAUUACCCA